AUGAAAAACGUUGCACUUGUCCUCGUGUGUGGCUGCAGCAUCGCUGCACUUCGACUGACCAAGUACUGUCGCACACGUCCAUCGUCGGCACCGACAGUGACACCGGUUGACGGCUGGUUGCUCAAAAAAUACCUGUAUCCAAUCACCUACGACAUGUUGUACAUCCCACUCAUGUCGACGCUCGUGCGCCUCGCCACGUGUCCCAACGGCUACGUCCAGAUUGUGCUGCCCAGUGGCGCCACGUGUGCGUGCAUUGAUCAUUUUGGCUACUUUUGGGUCGUUGGUUUUACGGGCUUUCUAGUCCUCUACAUUGCGGCGCUCCGGUACAAGUUGUACACGGAGCCAUUGGCAACAACCAUGGACUUUCGGUUUCAGACCAGUUUCCAGAUCAUCAUGGUCAUGGCCCGCACACUCAACCCAAUUGUGUCGAUGCUCGUGAGCCAGCUCGACAUUGAGCAACACCCGGCGAUCGGUAGUGGCAUCGCGCUCGGCUUUCUUUUCUGCAUGACGCUGCUCUUUUGCUACAACUACAAAGUUCAGCCGUGCAUUGGCAGCGGUCGGCUCCCCAACAACAUUCGCGCACUCACGUUUAGCAGCGCUAUGUACGCGUCACUGAUCGUCCUCGCGUUUAUUGGCGCGUCGGCACCAAUCACAGACCUUUACUACGCCCUGACGCCGCUGCCGCUUCUCUGGCUCACCGUGUGGCGUCUCAACAACCGACGCGCAUUGCAGUUUCACAUCCCCGACAAGAGCAUUCUCGGACUAUUGAGUGAUGCGUCGUCGUCGACGUCGCGGGCCGUCGGGACGAUCGCGGCGCUGUACAUGGACCCGUCCAAGUUGCAUCCAUCGGACCUAGCCGCGGUCGUGAACGGUAUCGAGAAGAUUGCCCAAGGCAAGGAACUUCACACACGCGUGUAUGCACUGCGCAUCCUGUGGUUUCUGCACCUGGAG